UUUUGGGUUUUCAAUACUGUCGGAAGAUAUUGAAGUGUUGAUAACAAUCUUUAAAAAAAUUUUGGAAAAUAGCUUAACAAAAAAUAAAAAUAAAACAAAUUACAGUCGUGUUUAAUGUUUUGAAUAAAUUGCAAUUAUAUAUUUUGUGUACUUCUCAAUGAAAGGUCAUUCUUUUUGUGUCUUCGAUAAUAUACAUACAUAGAGUAUGCUCCUAAAGCCUCAGUCUAUUUAUGUUGAAUACCACAAGAAAAAACUUGUUAGUUUUAUUACAAUAAUUUCGUCGGUAGUUGUUUCUAGACAUAUUUUAACCUAUUGUCGACAGUAAAAGAUAAAAACUUUAGAAAAAUUCGCAAAUUGCGAGAAAAGGGAGUACUCUAAUUUCAUCCGAAGAAGUGAAAUAGCCGAUCUAUUUAUGACAAUGGAGAACUUACAAACACAUUGCCAAACGUAUGUAUAUGGCAUGUAGGGAAAUGAAAUUUCCCACGAUCUCUAUGCAUGUGUUCCGUAGAGUACACUUAAUUGUACUGGAUUGAGCUGUUUUGUGGCUUGGUGGCAAGCAUCUAUCCAACCUUCAAAUUGCAGGAUACGUGAGCAGAAAUUCAGACAAUGGCUGGAGUUGGUGUUGCUUUUGCUGCUGUUUCAGCAAAUGAAAUAGAUGAAUUCAUUAAUGGUGCGCUUGUCUCGUGGCUGGAAUCGUGUUUACCGCGCCCAGAGAUACUGACUGGUUAUUCAUCUCUUUUGGACGGCCACUUAAUUCACAAUGUUUGGUUGCAAAUUGAUCCAGAACCUCAAAACAUACCAGCAAACAUCAAUGAGCAUAGUGAUGUCGCACUGUGUAUUGCCCGAGCUAAGAAUUUUGAAUGUAUUGUGCGAAAUUUAAAAACAUUAUUUGAAGAAGAGUUGGGCCAAACCAUUUUGGUUUUGCCCGACUGUUACACACUCGGGUAUGGCCCUGAAACGAAGCAAGGCUUGGAACAGAUGAAAAUAUUGCUUACACUUCUAUUGGGAGCAGCUGUGCAGUGUCCCAAUAAAGAACUUUUUAUUGCCCGUAUAAAGGAAUUAGACUUGGAGACACAACAUGCUAUUGUAGAGUUAAUAAAACAGGUUACAGACAAUCACAGCCUUGUGCUCACGGAAGAGUCAUUGAGUUUAUUGACCCCACAGACUAUGUAUAACCACAUAUUGCGCCUAACAAAGGAACGCGAUAACAUGUACCUCAAGUGGAUAUCAUCCGUAUGCGCAGAUCGUGAAGCAAAUGCUUCCGAAUGUACAGCAAGUUCAACUAACCUGACAAUGUCACCGUCAAGCGGCAAAACGUCCACACCGAUAUCCUCGUCAUCUAAUGCGGACAACAAUCACAUGGCAGUAGAGUUGGCAGAUUUAAAAUCUAAAUUAAGGAAACUGCGACAAGAAUUAGAAGAAAAGUCCGAAAGUCAAUUGGAACUCCGUGAAGAGUUGGACCAUAAAAAUGCACAGUAUGAGAAACUGCGUCUAGAAAGCCAAGAGUGGUAUAACGAAGCAAAACGUUCUUCGGCCUAUCGCGAUGAGGUAGAUGUACUGAGGGAACGCACAGAGAGGGCAGACCGCUUGGAAAUCGAACUGCAAAAAUUUAAAGAGAAGCUAACUGAUUCAGAGUUUUAUAAGACGCGAGUAGAGGAACUACGCGAGGAUAACCGUAUGCUCCUGGAGACGAAGGAAAUGUUGGAAGAACAAUUACAACGUUGGCGCAAGAGAUCCGAACAUGUCAUGACGCUGGAAUCGGAAAUCAUUAAGUACAAACAAAAACUUAAUGACAUGGCCCUGGAAAGAGAUGCUGAUCGCUCAAAAAUGGAGGAGUUAAUCGAGGAAAACACGCAACUGCAACUGGUGGCGAAAAAUCUGAACACAACGCUGGACAUGGACAAAUCAUUUUCAGAUAACGAUGAAGAAUGCAAUUCGGGCGACAAUAGUCUGUCCGAACAACUGACAAAUAAUGCCCAGACUCGUGCUAUUAAACUAGAACUUGAAAAUCGCCGUCUUGCCGCAGCUUUAGACCAGCUUAAGGAAUCAUCAUUCCAUGAAUCCACAAACAAAAUACUUGAAUUGGAAAAAGAGAAGAAAAAACUAGGGUUGAAACUCGAGCAAAUGCAAGAAAGUGUUCAAAGGCUUUCACAACAAAAUAAUGAAUUAGAAAAUGUUUUUCGUGAUGCUCUCGAGGAAAAUAAGAAAAUGCAAAUAACAUUAGACCAAAGGCAAAAAGCAUAUGAAAAACAGAGUCAAGAACGUGAGAUAGAACGAUCCAAAAUCAUGGAUUUGGAAAAACAUAUCGAGUCUUUGAACAAAGAGAAGCAACGUGUACAAACUCUGAACGAAAGUGUUCAACGUAGAGCAGAUGACCUCGAACGCAUGGUAGAUACACGAACAAAAGAAAUAGAACAGUACGCUGAAAAGCUGGAAUCUUUUGAAAAAAAUAAGCAAUGUGUGUAUGAGCUGCAAACGAAAUUAAACACUUGUGAGCGAGAAAACGCCAGCCUGACAAAAGAGGUUUCCAAACUGAAGGAAAAUUUGGAGCAGAAAUCAGUUGAGUUAGACAGUCAGUGCGAAUUGGUGGAAACGCAGUGCAAGGAAUUGUCGCGAAUGUCGAGGACAUUGGAAGAAGUUGGCGAUAUUCAAGCACGCUUAACAGAAUUAGAAACACAAAACAAUGACUUGGUAUCGCAAAGAGAAAUUGAUCUUCAAACAAUUACAACGUUAAGACAAGAUUUGUUAACCGGCACUUUAGCUACCAACAAAGUCAAACACAACUUAGAAAAACUCGGCCUACAUGUAGACACUGCCGAUGACAAAACUGAAAUCAACGUUGAAACAGUCGUCGAAAAACUUGUGCGGAAUCCGGAAACGUUCAAAACUGUUAGAGAAAUUAUGCUCAAUGUAUCAAAGGAGCAGUCAACUAAUAGCACAUCCAAAUCCGAUAUUUGUGUUUUAUGUCAUCGAAAAGAAGUUUUCACCGUAGAGCGAAAUAUAGAAUUGUCACCAUUGACAGAAACCAUUGAAAUAGCUGAAGUAGCAAAACUCUCCGAAGCUAAUACGCAACUGAGUGCACUUAAUGUAGCUCUGCAGUCGAGCAAUGAUCAAUUGCACGCUGAAAAUGCCAGAUUUAAAGUCGAUGUCGCCACCUUAGGCUCCCAAAUAACUUCACUCAACACCCAACAUGUGGCUUUGCAAUUAGCCAAUUCGCAAUUAGCCGCAGAUAAGGAUGUACUCCUGAAGGAAAAUGAAUCCCUUAAGCAGGAGCACACAAAUCUCCUUCAUGACCAAGUGACCUUACAAUGUUUGCAUGACCAACUGUCAGCCGAAUACGAAUCUCUCAACAAGGGUAAAGAACAGCUGAAGGUUGUUGUACGUGAUCUAAGAAAUGAAGCGCGAGAUUUGCGAGAACAUAUUGUAAGUCUGGAGUCGCAAAUGGAUGAACUGAAGCAGCAAAACCAAUCUAUGAAAUCUUGUGCCGAAGAUCUUGCCAUUUUACGAACUGAACACUCUAAGCUCACCGACGAUUUUCGUAAUCUAUUUGCCACAAGUGAUCGUUUCAAAAAUGAGUAUAAAAAUAUUCAAGAACAGUACAAGAUGAUUCGAAUGGAAAAUAGUAAAUUGAAGUUGCAAAACAAUGAACUCACUGGGGAAUUGGGAAGCAAAAAUGAUCAAAUGAAAAUUUUGGAAAUUCAAUAUGCCAAAUCGGCGCAACGAUGCGAGAUGUUAAUGACACAAAAUAUUGAUUUAGAUACGGAACGCAAAACUCUGAUGGAAAAUGUUUCACAUUUACUUAAGCAGUACCAUGAGCUUCUCACACUUUCUUUGGAGGAUAAGAAACAUUUUCAUGAAGAAGAAAAAAGCUAUACAGAAUGCGUUCACAAUCUCAAUCGCCAAAAGGAGAAGUUAGAGGAAAAAAUAAUGGAAUUAUUUAAAAAAUCUGAGGCUGUUGCUCCAAAAAAAAAACCUUUUGCUAGUAAUUUAGUUAGGCGUGUUAAAAAAGCCAGUUCAGAUUUAAUGAACAAAGUUCCCAGUCGGAACCGUCGUUCUUGGAUUGACGACUCACGUCUAACACAGUCACAGUUUAUGAUUGGGUCUGAAUCAGGUGGAAAUGACUCUGACAACAGCGCUGAAGAACCCAUAUCAAUCAAUUCAGACACACAUCUUUUCCAACGAAAUAUACCAAUACGUCAGAGUUUGCAAAGGGAUGUACUGGACAACUCGCUUUCCCGUGGUGGUACAAUGAGAAGUAGUUUACAAACCCAAAAACGUACGGACUUAAAUAAUUCACGUAGAAAUAGCGUGCACGGUCUGGAAGCGGCUGAUGUAACAGGCAGCAGUCUAACACUGGGAACGGCAGGGUCAAGAAGAACAGUCUAUCUCAUCGAUGAGAACCAAAAAAUUCCCGACACAAAUCAAUCGACAUCUACACUGCAAGUGGCCGCUUCUGGGGACAAUAGCAGCAGCACUGCCGCAACCAAUAACAAUGGUGCCGAACCUCAAACACCUACGACCGCUAAAUCGGAGAAUCCUGCCACAUUCCUUAUGUACAAUAGAAUCAACAAUAUUGUGGGUGGCAAUAGUUUGAGCUUGGCUAACAACGAAGCACCCACAAGUAGUGCUACUACUAAUCGAGAUACGGACGAUCAACCUGACCAGGAGCAUAAAUUGUCUCGCAAGCGGAAUGAGGACAAAAAUAAUAGCAUAUGGUAUGAAUAUGGUUGUGUCUAAAGAACUUGCCGGCUGAAUAUGGGAUUACAACAGGAUAUUGAUUGCUGGUUGGGUAAACAAUUGCAUUUUGUAUUGUGAAUAGAAAUUUAAGCAUUGUAUCGAAUUUACUCAUACUUCAUAAACUCAAAAAACAAA